UAGAAAAUAGCGUCGCACAUUAUCUUGGAUUCUGGAAGCCUCCUAACUGAACCGGAACUGGAAGUCCACUGUCCACUUCUCCGAGUCUCAAAUGGGCUUUCAAAUUCCGAGAACAUUACCCCUCUCUUCCUCCAAAACCAUAAUCCUCGAUCCCACGACCAAACCCACUCACUCAAAGCUCCUCUUUCAACCAAAGAUUGCACCAACCUCUCUUUUUGGGACCCAUUUCAGACCCUUUACUCCAAAACCCAUAAUUACCGUUCCCAUUUCUGCAAUUGGGUUUGGCGGAUCGUUUCACUGGAGUAAGCGUAGCUUUCGUGGUGGUGUUGUAGCCAUGGCUGCAACUGGGUCGGUCCAGAAGUCGGAGGAGGAGUGGCGAGCCAUCCUCUCGCCCGAGCAGUUUCGGAUUCUGAGGCAAAAGGGCACAGAGUAUCCAGGCACAGGAGAAUACGACAAGUUCUUUGCAGAGGGAGUUUAUCUCUGUGCAGGAUGUAGAACGCCUCUCUAUAGGUCUACAACCAAAUUCAACUCUGGUUGUGGUUGGCCAGCUUUCUAUGAAGGUCUCCCAGGAGCCAUAAAUCGCAAUCCGGACCCGGAUGGGAUGAGGGUUGAAAUCACAUGUGCAGCUUGUGGUGGGCAUCUUGGCCAUGUAUUUAAAGGAGAGGGUUUUCAGACACCCACGGAUGAGCGCCAUUGUGUCAAUAGUGUUUCACUCAAAUUCACUCCAGCAAAUUCUGAUCCUUCCAACUGAAGUCUGUUGUAAUGCCAUUUCCAUUCACCCGUAGAUUCUGCAUUUAAGUUUAUCUUCAUGUGGCGUUUACCCAAAUAAAAGGCAGAUGCUGUCACUUUUGAGUUAAAUGUUUGCGUUUCCUUUGUUCUUAUGUUUGAGGUGCCUUGUAUUUAUUUAAAUAGAAUUAUGGAAAGAGUAUUGUCAUCAUCCAUAUCAAAUUUUGUCAUUCCCGGUCACAAGGACGGACAUGACACGUUUUAAGUGCUGUUAUUUGUGACCAUUUAAAUGGGAAUGACAAAAUCUAAGAUGAAAAACAUUUCUCUUAUGGAAA